CCCUCGCUCCCAGACGGCGCGGCUGUAGCGGGGCGGGCGGGAUGUGGGCAGCAGUUCCUCUCCUGCUCCUCGCCCUGCUCCUGYUGCUGCUGCUGCCGCUGGCGCGSCUGUGUCGGCGCGGGGCGGCGCGCCUGGAGCCGGCCGGGCGGGCCGUGCUCAUCACGGGCUGUGACAGCGGCUUCGGGCACCUGCUGGCGCUCCGCCUCCACCGCCUGGGCUUCACCGUGUUCGCCGGCUGCCUGUGCCCCAGCGGGGACGGGGCGCAGCGGCUGCAGCGGGAGGCGGGCGCUGGUGGCCGCCUGCGCGUCCUGCGGCUCGAUGUGACCCGCGCCCGCGACGUGCGCGCCGCCAAGGAGCUGGUGCUCAGCCACCUGCCCGAGCGAGGUUUCUGGGGGCUUGUCAAYAAUGCAGGAAUAUCAACAUUUGGCGAGACAGGGUGGCUGCCUAUGGAGACAUAUGAGAAAUUUGCAGAUGUGAAUCUCCUUGGGAGYAUCAGGACAACCCUGGCAUUUCUUCCCCUUCUGAGGAAAUACAAGGGACGCAUUGUUUUCAUGUCCAGCGUCAUUGCCUAUUUUGCUCUGGGAAAUGGUAUUUAUUCUAUGACCAAGGCAGCUAUUGAAAAAUUUUGUGAUGCUUUAAGACUGGAAAUGAAGAAGUUUGGUGUCCAGGUCUGUAUUAUCCAGCCAGGAAAUUAUGCACGCUCUACAAAAAUUCAGCCRCCACUCAGUGCUGAAGAGAUCUGGAGUGAACUGAGUGAAGAGGAAAAGGCUGYUUACAACAAGGAGUAUGUGCAAGARCGGACAAACUUUUUCAACAACAUCCUCAAUGAGGGAAGCACUAAUGGCAAUGAGGUUGUAGAUGCUAUGGUUGAUGCUUUAACAUCUCCUGCACCCAAAGCACGGUACAUGGUGGCAAAGCUGAAGGAAAAGGCACUGGUGUUUGUGUGUGCUUUAUUCCCCACGGUUGUGAUGGAUUAUGUUCUGUCUUAUGCUCUGAGCAAAGUAAAACUUGCAUAGCCUACACUGGUGCUAUUCCAUCAGGUGAGGCCGUUUAUAAAAAGUGGAAGUCAGAGCUGAAUUUAAUGCACCCAUGCAUCAGUAUUUUGACACCAAUUAACCAGUGCAAACUUUGGAGGARCUCUCUAGUCAGACUGACUGUCACCGACUAUUAAGGAAAAACAUACAGGACCCUGUGUAAAAUUAAAUAAUUUGUUUAAGUAACUAUCUCUCCCAUGUGGAAAAAACCCCAUACAUUUAAGCCACUUUAGUUAUUGCCUGGAAAAUUUCAUACAUCUUUUUCUGAGGCAAUAGCAGGUUAUUGUGUUACAGACAUGAUGCAGACAAAAUGAAGCAUGUCCUACAGGGCAGCUGUACACCUGAAGUCAUUACAGCAGAGAUGAAAAGCCCUUAUUUGUAGAAACCUGAGUAGCUGUUUAUUUAGGGGUGAUAGGAAGAGGUUAAUGGAAAAGUCACAGAAAUGAGCAAUGGACCUUGAAAUACUUUGAAUGGAGUUAAGUGGCUGUAGCAAGUCAGGAAGUCUUGAAGCUCUGAGUAACCCACUUUACUGAAAAGUAUCCCUGCCCAUGACAGGGGUGUUGGAAUUUGAUGAUCUUUAAGGUCCCUUCCAACCCAAACCAUUCUAUGAUUCUAUGAAUAAUAMAGUUGUAAUAUGAAAACACUGUCUUGGCUAACUACAGUUCCAACAGUUUUUCAGGUGUUCUGAAUAAAUCUGUAAAAAAGCCGAUAUACCACAGACUUCAGAAAACAAGUUACAUAUUCCAUUUAUAAACGAGCAUUUAAUCCUAAAUAAAYGGUAUAUUUUAUCUGA